UCUGAAGAAAGUGAAGAGCCAGCAGAGAAAAGCAUUCCAGGCACAAGCUCUGCAGCGGAUGGUAGGGCUGGAGGUGAGACAGCAGCAGAAUGCUGAAGCUCCUCUUCAUUCUGAUCUUUCGGAUUCCACGCCUGAUUCUCUGCUAUCUGAAAGAGACCUGCUCACGCAGACACUAUCCGCCAGGGCCUUUUCCACUUCCCGUGAUAGGAAGCAUGUGGAGGAUUGGGAUUGUACUGUCACAGACAACUUUCCAGAAGCUGGCAAAGCAAUAUGGGAACAUUUAUUCUCUAUGGGGAGGCAGUUAUCAUCUUAUAAUCCUCUCUGGAUACCAGGCUGUGAAAGAAGGACUUAUUGACCAUUCAGAAGCCUUUGUUGAUCGCCCCGUCUUACCUUUCAUUUUAGCUGCUACCAAAAAAAGAGGUAUUAUCUUUUCAAAUGGUCACACCUGGAAGCAGCAAAGACGGUUUGGUGUUGUUACCAUGAGGAAGUUGGGACUGGGGAAAAAAGGCAUGGAAUCCCAAAUCCAAGAGGAGGCCCAGCAGCUUGUGGAAUUCUUUGCAGAGACAAAGGGGCAGCCAUUUGACCCAUCACUACCAAUCAUGAGAUCAGUUUGCAACGUGAUCUGUGCUGCAGCUUUUGGACAUCGGUUUUCCAUUGAUGACAAGGAUUUCCUGGAGUUGAUGGAAGCCAUUCAGUUGAUCUUAGAAUUUGGAGGCAGCUUCUAUUACGCACUCUAUGAAGGUUUCCCAUGUAUCAUGAAACAUCUGCCAGGCCCUCACCAGACUGCCCUAUCUGCUGGGGAGAUGGUAGUUUCUUUUGCAAAGAAGGAGAUUAAACAUCACAAGGAGUACCAGAACCUGCAUGAACCACAGGAUUUCAUUGAUUUCUAUUUAUUUCAAAUGGAGAAAAGCAAGGAUAAUCCCAGUUCUACCUAUGAUGAAGACAACUUGGUUUAUUGUAUUGCUGACCUCUUUGUUGCUGGGACAGACACAACUUCCGCUUCUCUCCAAUGGGCAGUGCUACUUAUGGCAAGUCAUCUGGAUAUCCAAGAUAAUGUGCACAAGGAGCUGGAAGAAGUCUUCAGUUCAUCUCACUCAAUCUGUUAUGAAGAUCGGAAGAAAACGCCAUACACCAACGCUGUCAUUCAUGAAAUCAUGCGAAGCAAAUAUGCCUUACUUUAUGGGCUUGCAAGAAAAUGUGUGAAGGAUGUCUAUCUGAAUGGUUUUCUCAUCCCCAAGGGAGCUAUACUUCUUCCAGACUUACGUUCUGUUCUUUUGGAUCCUGAACACUGGGAGACACCUGAAGAGUUCAACCCAAAUCAUUUUUUGGACAAGGAAGGAAAUUUUGUGCUAAAAGAAGCAUUUCUUCCCUUUGGAGCAGGAGCUCGUGCCUGCUUGGGGGAACUCCUUGCAAAGAUCGAGUUCUUCAACCUCUUUACCAGGCUGCUGAGGGAAUUUAGGUUGGAGCCACCAGAAGGAGUGGAAAAGCUCAGUCAAGAACCCAUAAUGGGGUUGACUGUACAUCCUUCUCGUUACAAGAUUUGUGCUCUUCCUUGUAUCGGGACACCAUAAUAUGGACAAAUAACAAGAGGGGCUUCCUUGUUACAUCUUAUGAUCUCUCUCUUGUUCAACAUGUUUGUAGAUUGAUCACCUUCAGGGUUGGCUUUUCAGAUCUUGUGAAUGACUUCUUCCAGCAUCUCUCAGGAUUGCUUCAGACCUUCCCAUCCAUCCCUGGCAGCAGAAACUUGGAUGUCUCCCACUGACUGCUGUGGGGACUACUGGUGCCUGCUUGAGCAAUGGGGAAAGGGCUAAUGAUGUAAUGAAACCUUGCCAGAACUGUCCUAUUGCAAGGGCUGAUGGGAUACUGGGCAGUUCCUGGGGAAAGCAAGUGACUGUUGACCACAUUUUUGGGAUUGUCUUCUGUCACAAUACGGAAAGGGCUACAGUUCUUAAUUAUUGCUGUCAUUUAACUCUAGUGUAUCCCCAUAUUUCUUAUAUAUAUUCUAUUUUCAGAAUGCUGUUCCAGCCCAUUCUACUAUAUUCCAUUCCAGUUUCACAACAAUUGGCUGUGGCCCUUGUUUACAACAGUAGUAAUAGUGUAUACCUUUUUUGACAGGGCUUGAUCAGAUAAGAAAGUGCUGAGUCAGAUAAGAAAGUGAUGUCAUAGGCCGCCCCCAUGUUUUGCCAGAAGUGAUGUGUCCCAUAAGCGAUGUGUAUGCUCCACUCCCUCUCCCAUCAUCCAUUGCGUGUUUUGCCAGAACUGAUGUGUGCACCCCCUGCACCAUCCACUGCAUGUUUUACCAGAAGUGAGGUGUCUGAAUGUUACAUGCACGGCAACCCACCCCACAUGGAUCCCCAGCCACAUGCCAGGAAGCACAUGGUGCCCAUGACGGCAUGGUUUUGAAGGAAGGGGUUUUCCUCCCAGCCACCAGCCUGAUAGAUCUAAGGGUUCAGCCCUUGCACAGUUUUCCUUAAUUCCUUAAUGCCUGCUUUUUAAAGCCUUAUCAGUUUUCUAAUCAGAAAAAAGAGAAAAACAGGAAAAAAAAAGGAUUUGAUCUAUUCAGCCAUCUCCCUUAAUUCCAGACACACAAACACUGCCUGUCAUGUUCACUGAUUCAAUGUAGUUUAUACAUAGUAACGUUUCACAUGCCAUGGCGCUGACACACGUUUCUGUUUGGGAGGGAGCUGCUGUGAGACCUUGUACCAAGCUCUGUAUGUGAAAUCAGUGCAAUGGAAUGUGUUUGGGUUAUGUUAUCUGUUCAAGGACUUUUCCCACAGACCAUCAGAACCCAUUAGGAGCACCUGGGAUUGUGAACUUGAGAAGACUCUGCGGGGGGAGGGAUUUCAUUUGCACCGAGGGUUUUUAGUUUGAAUUUGGCGCGCUUUCAUCAUUCUCAGCUUUCUCUGUGAUCCUGCAUACUAUUCUUUAAUA